AUGGUAGGUGCUGGUAACCUCCGAUGGUACAACCUCGCAGUCGAAAAAGUCAACCUGUCGGCUCAACCGCGCAAAUCAUCCAACCUCAACAACGACAUCCUUUCCGACAUAACACAGAUCUUGUCCCGAUAUACAGACCACCGCAAAGACAUCCGCUUCUUCGAGGCAGCAGGCAAUAAUUUGCUAUCCGUCAUCCGCUCGGGCGGGUCUAUUCUCGAGUACAUGAACCAAGACGGCCUACUGCGCGCAUUCUACGAAGGAAACGCCCUGUGCACCGGCCCGGCGAGUCAAUGGCUGGACCGCCUCGUGGCCAAGAUCUCCCGCCGCUUUCCGAAACUGAACAUCCUGGAGAUCGGGGCAGGGACGGGUGCCAUCACGUCUUCGGUUUCGAGGGCUCUGGAUGGGGCGUAUGCGUCGUAUACUUUUACCGAUAUGUCGAGUGCGUUCUUUUUGCCGGCGGAAGAGGAAUUUGGAGAGUAGGCUUGAGGUGUGGUCUUCAAGACGCUGAAUAUCGAGAAGGACAUCGCGGGACAGGGGUUCGUCGAGGGCGGGUAUGAUGUUCUGGCCGUUAUGAACGUGCUACACGUUUCUAUUGACGUGAAGGCGACGCUUUCCAAUAUCCGCCGGCUGUUGAAGCCCGGUGGGUAUCUCCUCGUGGGCGAGCUUGUGUUCACCGAUCUAAUCUUCAAUGACAUGACGGUGAGGACGCUUCCCGGGCGGUGGAUAGGCGCUGAGACAGGACAGCCUUAGGGUCCGUUGCUUACUCUGGA